AUGUGGUUUCAAAAAGAUUAUUCAAUCAGACUUAUAUUUAUUUUGUUUUAUUUUAUACUUAAUAUUUGUACAUUGGUUGUUGCUGAAGAUUUAAGUGUUGUAGAACUUGAUCAAAGAGACACACAGUCGGAUUUAAAUAAUUCUUCGGGUAAUAUAUUAGAUGAUGAAAUGGUUGACUUGGAAGCUAUAGAUGAAGCCGAAGCAGAAGAUCCAGAAUUGGUUGGUUCAGUGCUUAAUGUUGAUAUAGAUGAAGCCAAUAAAGUUAAAAACAGGGUUGGAGAAAAUAAUUUUUCAUUAGGAAUAGAAGAUUCAAAUGAUUUUUUUGACAUGCCUCGUUUCUAUUGA